AUGGAAUUCCACUUAACAGUGGAGUGCGCGAUGGGAGCGCAUCGCGAAGAGGGUUCAUCUGACUUAUUAGAGAUUUUAGCUGAACCAGAGAGAAUUGUUCGCUACUGGAGAAGGCAAAGAAGACUCACUUAUCAUGUUCCUCUUGUGGCUAGUAAACCAGAAACUUUUGAAGAAAAGGAGGAUCAAGAACCACCGGCAGUGAUGGCAGAAAUGAAAGUGAGGGAUGUGGCAAUCCCACAAACCAGCAAUGUUACCUCGAGUAUUCAGAAACCUGCUCCUGGUGGGAUAUUUGAAUUGAAGAAGAACAUGGGUAACCCCAAGUGGAACGGCGUUGGAGCUAAACCGGUCGUGCAGAAGACUGCUGGAGUGUUGGAAAUAGAUGCAGUGACAGCUUUGUCAGCACAGAUCGCAUCAAUACAGAAUAUGAUGACUACUCAUUUCAGCAACAUGUCACUAGGUAAACAACAAGCCCAAGUUAAUAUGGUAAUGUGCAAUGAGGAGGACAUCACCAGAGCUAUGGAAAUACCUACAACUCGAGCUGGCGAAACCACCCAAACUUUUCCUGGGGUGGCAAUCAAAACCAACAUCAAGGACAGAACCAACACAAACCAUAGAGUAGUGGACAACAGUACCAUUAGCAAAGCCAUGGAAAUCAACAAGCUGCCAAGCAAAGUAAAUGUUGUGAGUAUUCGGAGUGGUCGUCCAUUGGAGGAGUUGCCGCCAAAGGAAAAAGUUGCUGAGGAAAAAGGAACACAUGUAGAUGAAGCAGAACCAAGUGAACAAAUGGGAAUUCCUACGUACGCCAAAUAUGUGAAAGAUGUGGUAGCCAACAAGAGUAGAUUGGCUAAGUAUGUAACAAUAGCACUCACAGAGGAGUGCAGUUCUAGGAUCCAGAACAGGCUCCCAAUUAAUUUGAAAGUUCCAGGGAGUUUCACUAUUCAAAUAAAAAUUGGUAGAUGUGUUGUGGAAAGAGGUUUGUGCGAUUUGGGUGCAAGUAUCAAUUUAAUGCCUACUUCCAUGUUUCUCAAAUUGGGACUAGGAAGACCCAAGCCCACAACCACUAUGUUGCAAUUAGCGGACCGUUCUGUGUCAAGGCCAGAUGGCGUUAUUCAAGAUAUCUUAGUUCAAGUGGGAACUCUGAUUUUCCCCGUAGACUUUGUCAUUUUGGAUUUUGAGCUUGACCAAGAGGUCCAAUUUAUUUUGGGAUGCACAUUUCUAGCAACCAGAGGUGCAUUAAUUGAUGUGGCGGCCGUAGACUCACAAUGA